CAGCCGGCCUUGGUGACCAGACUUCGUGGAGGCGCGGCUUCGGAUGAGUGCGCGGCCACCCAUGGCUCCUCUCACGCCGCAACUGCUUCUGCAACGUGGGCGACCCAAGACCAACAGGCUGGGGAAGAUUCAGAGUCUGAAUCUGUCCGGGCUGGAGCUGCUCUCAAAGCAUUUGGAUCCCAAUCUCCUGGGGCGCCUGAAGAGGCUGAAGGAACUUGACCUCUCAAACAACUUGCUGGAGACGCUGCCUGCCAACCUGGGCCUACCCCAUCUGCGAGUCCUUCGCUGCACCAACAACCAGCUGGGGGAUGUCACCGCCUUGCACCAGUUCGCAGAACUUGAGGAGCUCAAUCUAGAAGGCAACCCCUUCCUGACGGUCAGUGACAACCUGAAAAUCUCCUAUCUCCUGCCCAAACUACGUAAGGUCAAUGGCAAGGACACAGCCUCCACCUGCUCACAGGUGGAGAACAUAGAUCGGGAGCUGACCAACAGGGUCACAGCUCACUGGGAGAAGUUCCUAGCCACCUCCAGCCCUGAAGAGGGAGCUGCCUUCACAAAGUCUGCAGUCAGGGAUGUGUGUUAUGGCCCUGAGUCUCUCAGGGAGUUCACCCAGUGGCGGGUGCGGAUGAUCGCUGAGGAACUGGUAGCCUCAGGUGGGGCCCAGGUGCAGGAGUCGGACAUACCAAAGGAGCCUCCACGGGCUGCAGCUGCCUCCAAGCUCAGGGCCAGAACGGCCUCAAAACGGCCAGAUAACGUUCCAUUCAGCCUUCCUUCCACCAAGCGAGUGCGUGCCUCCCUCCCAGCCCAGACAGAGGGCAGACCUAGGGACUCUGGUGGAGACCAGGCUGCCCUGCACCUGGAACCCCUGCACUUCCUGCAGUGUCAUAGCAGAAACAACAGCCCUAAGGACCUGGAGACCCAGCUGUGGGCCUGUGCCUUUGAGCCGGCCAGGGAAGAGGGGCACUCAGGGGCCACAUCCCAGACGGUGGCCACAUGUGGCGGAGAGACUGUUUGCGUGAUAGACUGCCAGACAGGCCUCGUACUCCAUAAAUACAAGGUACCAGGCGAGGAGUUCUUCUCGGUGGCCUGGACCGCCCUGAUGGUGGCCACCCAGGCAGGCCACAAGAAGCGCUGGAACAUGCUGGCAGCUGCAGGCCUUCGGGGAAUGGUCCGGCUGCUCCACGUGCGUGCAGGCUUUUGCUGCAGUGUUAUCCGGGCUCAUAAGAAGGCCAUCGCCACCCUCUGCUUCAGCCCCACCCAUGAGACUCACCUCUUCACUGCCUCCUACGACAAACGGAUCAUCCUCUGGGACAUUGGGGUACCCAACCAGGAAUAUAAGUUCCAGGCGAGCCAGCUCCUCAUGCUCAACUGCACUUCUGUGCCCUUGCGCCUCUGCCCUGUCCCCUCCUGCCCGGAUGACUUCCUGCUGGCUGGCUGUGAGGGAGGCUGCUGCUGCUGGAAUGUGCGGCUAGACCAGCCCCAGAAACAGAGGGCAUGCGAGGUGGACUUCGUCUUCUCUGAGGAUUCCAAGGUGUCGGGACAGAGAGUGGAUGGGCUGGCAUUUGUGAAUGAAGAUGUGGUGGCUUCCAAAGGGAGUGGACAGGGCAUCAUCUAUCUGUGGAGCUGGAGCCAGACAUGGGCAGGGCGGGGCAGCCAGUCUGUGCUGCCUGUGGUCAUCCUGGCCCGGCUGCAGUGGUCAACUACCAAUUUGGCAUACUUCUCACUCAGCACCUGUCCCGACAAAAACCUGGUGAUGUGUGGGGAUGAGGAAGGCAGUGUGUGGAUCUAUGACGUUGAACACCUACUGAAGCAGCCAUCUCCACUGGCAACAACUCUGCAGGCCCCAACACAGAUCCUGAAGUGGCCUCAGCCAAUAGCAUUGGGCCAACCAGUGACCAAGACCAUGGUAAACACAGUAGUGGCCAAUUCAGCCUUUACCUACCUCACUGCUCUGACGGAUUCCAACAUCGUGUCCAUCUGGAAGUGCUGCUAGUUUGCACAGGGCAGCGUACCAGGACAUGGCUUAUUGGGGCUAGUGGUAGAGGUAUUUGUACCAAUGAGUAUUUUUAUUAAAUUCCAUUGUGGACUAGA